AUGGAAAAUCUCUGGCUCAUCAUCUUCUUCCUCGCAGUAACCUUUUGCUACUUCAUCGCCAAAUUCCUAUGGAGUCGAGACCGUAAAUUACCACCAAGCCCUAAGCCUCUUCCUAUCAUCGGCCAUCUUCACCUUAUCAAGAAGAAUCCUUUACCACAAGCUCUGCAACUCUUAUCUUCAAACUACGGCCCGGUUCUGUUUCUGAAGUUCGGAUGCCGUGCCGUUUUGGUCCUCUCUUCUCCAGAAUCCAUCGAGGAAUGUUUCACCAAUCACGACACAACGCUCGCGAACCGACCGAGAACCAUCACCUCCGAUCAUUUCAGCUACGGCUACAAAAACUUCGGUUUCGCUCCUUACGGCGAUCUCUGGAGAACUCUCCGCCGUCUCUCCACCCUCGAGGUCUUCUCCUCCGCAAACCUCCAGAAGAACUCUUUCAUCCGAAACGAAGAAGUCUCGAAUCUCUGCUCGAGUCUCUUCAGACUAUCCAAUGACUCUCGGAAAGUGGAUCUCAAGUAUCAAUUCACUCUCCUCACUGCUCACGUCAUGCUCAGGUUAGUCUCUGGGAAACGUGGUGUCCAAGAUAGCGAUUCGGAAUCAGAGAAGAGGUUCUUGGAUGACUUCAAACUGAGGUUUUUCUCGAGCAUGUCGAUGAACGUCUGCGAUUAUUUCCCAGUGUUAAGGUGGAUUGGGUACAAAGGUCUUGAGAAGAGAGUGAUGGAGAUGCAGAGGACGAGAGAUGAGUAUCUUCAGCGACUCAUUGAUGAGAUACGAACCAAGAGAAUCGAUUCCACCGGUUCGGUGGUGGAGAAGUUCUUGCAUCUUCAAGAAUCAGAGCCAGAAUUCUACUCAGACGAUGUUAUCAAAGGAAUUAUAGUGCUAAUGUUCAACGCCGGGACAGACACUUCACCGGUGGUUAUGGAAUGGGCGAUGUCAGUUUUACUGAACCAUCCAGAUAAGCUGGAGAAGCUCAGAGAUGAAAUCAAAUCUAAUGUUAAACACAAAGGGCUUAUACAAGACUCGGAUCUCUCGAGCUUACCUUAUCUGCGAUGUGUCAUCUAUGAGACGCUUAGGCUAUACCCUGCAGCUCCACUCUUGCUUCCUCACUACUCGUCCAAGAGAUUCAACUUAGGCAACUACGAGAUCCCUGAAAACACAAUGUUAUUGGUGAAUGCUUGGGCUGUUCACAGAGAUGGUGAGCUUUGGGAAGACGUGGAUGUUUUCAAGCCAGAGAGAUUCGAAGGGUUUGUUAGUGACAGAGAUGGUUUUAGGUUUUUGCCAUUUGGAGUUGGGAGGAGGGCGUGUCCUGGAGCUGGAUUUGGAAUGAGGACAGUGGCGCUUGCCGUUGGAACGUUGGUUCAGUGCUUUGAGUGGGAGAAGGUAGAAGAAGAAGAUAUAGACAUGAGGCCUGUGUUUGGUGUGGCAAUGGCUAAGGCUGAGCCGCUUGUCGCAUUGCCUAAGCCAUGGCCUGAAAUGGUUCCUAUCUUGUCUCAGCUCUAG